GCCAUCUGGCAACCCUCGCGCGACGUCACUUCCCGGAUAAGCAACUUGUUCCGGUCUAAGCAACCCGGAAAACGACACAUAACAUGUCGGAACUGCUGGAUUCUCGUAAAGUCAUAGCAAGUUAAGGUCUAUUUAAACAUCACCAAACAGACAAUCCAUAGCAAUGUGUUUUAUCGUCAGCCGUAUGUAAUUUAAGUAUCCAAAUUCUAGUCCAGCUUCCUGUUUUCGAGCCUUAGUCAUUUUAAGAAACUUGUUAGUUUCAGCUAAUACAUAUCACACAAAAAGACAUGGGCAAUGGAAUGAAUAAGGUUGUUGACGGCCUUUACCUUGGGAAUAUAAGAGAUUCAGAAAACCGCCAAAGCCUCUCACAGAAUGGCAUCACCCAUAUCCUAUCUGUGUACAACAACGCAAGGCCUGUGUUUGAGGACAAGACCUACCUUUGUAUUCACGCAGCGGAUGCGUCCAGUGAGAACCUGUUGCAACAUUUUAAAGAGUGCAUCCGCUUCAUCCAUGAAUGUCGCCUGAAUGGAGGAGCUUGUCUUGUUCACUGCCUUGCAGGUGUUUCGCGCAGCACCACCAUGGUGGUGGCCUACCUGAUGACCGUCACCCACUACAGCUGGGAGGAGUGUCUCACUGCAGUCAAGGCUGUGCGCUCUUUUGUCGGCCCCAACUCUGGCUUCCAGGAGCAGCUGCGGGAUUACCAGACAACGCAAGUAUCAGAGAAAUGGCUUUCGUCUGGCGACUCCACCGUGCAGCCCAUUUUUCUUCAAGUGCAGUAUCGAGCUUGGCUGAAGUCCAGUUUCAAUCCCAGUCCAUUUAACGAUCCAGAGCAGGUGGGUGUCCUUCUCGUCCAGUUCACGGAGCAACAGGAAAACCAGCAGCGAGGUGGAGACCAUCGCUGGCGAAACCAAGACAUCAAAGGUUGCUCUGUGCCAACCACACCUCCUGAAGGCAGCAGUUAAGACAAGAGGCCAAUAUAUUUAAUUUAUACUUCAUGCUAAUCCUUUUAGUAAUGGGUUAAUUUGGAUGCAGGCUGUACAUACCUCACUUUUAGUACCUCCUUGGUUCCUUCACCGAGCCCAUCAGUGCUCAGACGCCUUACUCCGAAAUGCCUCAGCACUUUAGCCAUGAUGACAUCACCUGUGCUUCCCUGUGGAUUAACCUGUUGCAGUAGCUCAGCAGCCUUAAAGAUGUGCCAUAGGUGCACGCUCGGUGAUCAAAUUGUGUCUUUGGACUACUGCUUUACUGAUGUGGUAUAAAUUACUGUAUUGACCUGAAUAUAAGAAAACUGUCUGAAAAAAUUGUGAUCUCAGAGAUUUAUACUGUACAUGCAAACUAACAGGCCACUGUAUGUGUGAGCAAGCGGCCCUUGACAAAAUCCAAAUUGUAAGAAAUGUGAUGAAUUAUAUGACAGAUAUUGAAAACAUGACCAAAAUAGGUUUGUUUUAUCUUUAGAAAUGUUUUUCCAAAAAAAGACGGGAUUGUCUUAUAUUUGGGUGUCUAUGUUAAUCUGUCUUCAAAGUUUCGACAAACCGGGUGUAUCUGUUUGAGGGGAAUCAAUGCACAUUUUCCUUGUGAGUAAAUCAUUAAAAUGUUUCGCUCUAAUGAAGGAUCCCAAGCACUAAUCUUUCUAAUGUUAAUGAAUCUCCUGUUUUUUUUCUUUUUACUGUCAGGAUUAAUUUUGUCUCAUUA